AUGUCCUCUUCAUCUAGUGCAUAUUCUUCAUCUACUCUCCAAUCAAUCCUUCAAAUCCAAGCUAGUAUUGCCAAAUAUUUGGACUUUGAAGGAUGUUUGAAGUUCAUUGAACUUAUCCAACUCCUAAAGCCAACAAUCUGUCUGUCACAACAACCAGGACUAGCAGAAUCUGAUGCGGGUGAAGACAAAUGUCCAGCACGGUUGCGUCUGAACGUACACACUUUUCUCGCACAAUCUUUAAGUGUCGAUCAUGAGGCUAUGAAGAUUAUUUGGCGUGCAAUGGCCAAUAUUGCGUGGAAUUUUAGGGUUGAUGAAAGCUGUGUUCAUUCCUUUGGUCAACGUCAUAUUCAAUGCUUUCUUGACUAUGGAAGACAGAAUGGCAUAGCCUUUUAUCAUCUAAUGCCUCCUGUUCGUCAUUGCCUUGAUCCACGAUGUGUUAUCAAGCCCAAGACUUCUAAAAAGGAUGAGCUCCAUCGACGUCCACUGAAAGAAGCACAUAGCCGUUCUGUUACUGUUUUUACACAAUCAUUUGGACCCAUCCCGGGUAUUUCUACUUCAAUGUUUUGUUCGGGAUGCCAAACUCGAUACUACCCUAACUACUGGGUAGAUAGAGCACAAUCCACUCGGACAUUUUACCGUAUACAUCGCACCUUUCUGCAUGUUACAGAAGGAAUUUUUAUGGACAUUGCCACGUUGGAAUUGUUUACGACAAUGAUGUUGACGUCUUGGACUUCUGCUUCAAAUUGUGCCCGCAUCUAUAAUGAAGCAAUAGCUUCAAAGUCCCUGUCAUCCUCUCUUCCUGCAGCAUAUUCCAAAAGCAUGGUGCUAGAACACAAUGACGUAUGGAAUGGUCUUAGUCUCUUCUGGCUUCUUGAAGACUCGGAAGAAGAAGAUGAGGUCUUACAAAUUGACCAUGUAGCGCCUAGUCAAGCCAUCCGCCUCAGAAAAGCCUUAAAGAGACGGAACCUUCGGAUGGCAGGGACUGGUCAGGAAGCUUGGAACCAUGUAUGUGAUUUAUGCUGCUGGUAUAAUGAUUUGCCCGAUGGAACACAGACUUUCCUUCGUUCUGUGGUUACUGAUGGCAUAACUAUUGGACGGCCUACCUGCUCUAUUCAUGACUGCGAUAUUCCUUUGGAUUCCGUCAAACAUCGGUUCUGCCCUACACAUAAAGAUCAGAACCUUAUCUGUGCGGUUACUAGCUGCUCAGCUCCCAUUGAUGAGGGCUAUCAAACGUGCAGUCUGAAGGAUCACCGAGCUCUUGAAGCAUACAACGAUAUCCACAAUAAAGCAAUGUUUCAAUUAAAACUUCGGCUUGCCCGUCUCAAAACCUCACAGCCCACUGAUGCCUUUUCCACUGAUGAUGGCCAGUCAACCAUAUUUGGCGAUGAAGAGGUUUUGAUUGACGCCAAUGGUGUCUGUGACGAGAAGUCAGAGAAGGGUAAUCAAACAUUGCGAGCUCGGUUUGGAAGGCGACGCACUCAUAAUGAAGAGCUGUGUGUGGCAUCGUGUGGUGUAAUUCUUGGACGAGCAACAUUCUAUGGUUCAGAGGCCCCAAACGGAGUACGGACAUUUUGGAAGACUUUGUUUCCUACCCAAAAGUCUCUUCCAGGAGUUCUUUGGCACGACAAUAACUGUCGAAUUAUGUUAAUGCUUGAAAAGGAGAAAGACACGUACUUUUCCCACUCAGCAUUACCCGUUGACGUAUUCCAUUUCAAGUGUAAACAUAAAGCUCAAGACGACAAAUGUAAUGCCAAUUGUAACCCAGCAAAAUGGCCCGAGCUUAUGACGCCUGAUGGGAAGUGGCGUUUUAACUCAUCUGCAGCAGAACAAGCCAACGCUUGGCUAGGAGGGUAUCAAGCCAUUGUUCGUGAGAUGCAGGCCGACAGAUAUGAAUUCUUUUUGGACGAGUUAAUCAAGAGGCGAAAUCGAAACAUCAUUAAGGAUUUGGAGAAAAAAGGGAAAAAUCCACAUGAAAUCCCAAGGGAUUUUUUACUCAAGCCAGAUACACCCAGAGUCGAUUAG